GAUAUGUCUGAGGAACGGGGGAAUACCUGCCUCUCAUGGAAAAUCCAGCGUCGUCUUUACCCAAACGGUUAAACUGUGCUGUCCAAAUCGCUUGGACAGUCCGACAUCGCUCUUUCAUUACUCAAGUGCCUGACUAAGUGGGUAGUGGGUAAUGAGUGGUGGAUGAUUGUUGAUAUUGUGUCAAAUCUUUUUCAACUGCAUUUGAACAAGUUAUUGGAUUAAAAUCAUGGUCAAAUGGAGCGUUUUGACGAGUUUGUUACUCGUUGGAUUGAAUUUAUCUGCAGAGGCGUCAAUAAUCGUUAACGCGCCUGAGGAUGAAGAGCACCUGGAUUUGCCUCCCUCCCCCUUUGACUCAUCCCACGAGGAAGAGAAUUUGGUCGACCUAUCCAAGCACCCCUGCCGUCGAGCCUGCAAGGACAAUUCCACCCCGAUGGAGUGUCACUACUCCUUUGAAGUGGAAUCUUACAGGACCAUGAGCAAAGCUUGUUACAAUUGUCCUCUGAAUGUCACUCAGUGCUUUCUUCCUCAUUGCAUUCCAGCCGAUGGCUUCAAACGAUCGUUGCAGAUUGUGAAUCGUCAGUUACCGGGUCCUACCAUCGAGGUUUGCCAAGGAGAUAGACUCAUCGUUGAUGUAACAAACCUUCUGUUGGCGGAGAGCACAUCAUUGCAUUGGCAUGGCCAGCAUCAUCGCACCUCGCCCUACAUGGAUGGUGUUCCUUACGUCACUCAGUGCCCAAUACCUCCAGGUUCAACAUUUCGGUAUCAUUACACUGCAGCUACUUCGGGAACACAUUUUUGGCAUUCUCACUCGGGAUUUCAAAGAGGUGACGGAGUGUUCGGUCCUCUAAUUGUCCGUCCUCAAGAGGGCAGAGAUCACCAUAAAGACCGGUAUGACGUCGAUGAGCAUAUAAUUACGAUUCUCGACUGGGACCAUGUGAGUGGUAACGACAAAUUUCUCGCUCAUCAUCACUCAACUGGGGACAACAAACCCCCGAAUCUUCUUGUCAAUGGGUUGGGACCGUACGACUCGAAUCAUAUUGACGCGAACAUUCCCAAGAAUAUGCCUUAUGCUGAGUUCCUCGUGGAUAAGGGCUCAAGACAUCGUUUUCGUCUUAUAAAUGCUGGAUUCCUCAACUGUCCAAUUGAAAUAUCUAUUGAUAAUCAUACAAUGGAUAUAGUUAGCACCGAUGGAAAUGACAUAGAACCCGUGAAAGCGAGUUCACUCGUCACUUACGCAGGUGAAAGGUUCGACUUGAUAGUGAAAAUGAAUCAACGGAUCGAUAAUUACUGGAUACGUUUUCGCGGUCUGAUGGACUGCGACGAGAGAUUUUUGAAUGUUAAACAGAAGGCGAUUCUAAAGUACAAAGGAGCACCCGACACGCUGCCCGGGGAGAAUAAAUACUGGAUGAAUUUCAGACACGAUAGUGAUAAUAACACUCAACCUGCAAUGAUAGUAAAUGCCUUGAAUAAGGGAACGGAAUCAAACGAUACGAUAAGCAUUCCCCUGUUAAAAACAUUAGAAUUAGACAAUGAGGAGAAUCUCCUAAAACCAGAUUAUCAAUUCUACUUGGCGUAUGAUUUUUAUGGCAAGAAUAAUCCUCAUUUCAAUCGUAAGAAUAUGUACGGAUUUCAUCAAGUUAAAGACCACGCAGUGCGGCUAUUCACCCCACAACUGAACCACAUAUCGAUGAAAUUACCCAAUUUUCCACUGCUACCCCAACGCGACUCAAUAAACCCUGACCAAUUCUGCAAUUCCUCAACAGUGGGUGACUGCAAGCACAAGUACUGUGCGUGCACUCACGUCCUCCAAGUAAAUCUUGGGAGUGUCGUUGAGCUGGUGUUGGUAGACGAAGGUGUUACAUACGAUGCAAAUCACCCGUUUCAUUUGCAUGGCAGUGCAUUCCGAGUUAUAGCGAUGGCACGAAUUGGAAAAAGCGUGACUGUCGAUCAGAUCAAGGAGUUGGAUGCAGCUGGUCGCAUUGAGAGACGACUGGAUAGCGCCCCAUUGAAGGACACGGUUACUGUGCCUGAUGGGGGUUAUACAAUCGUUCGUUUCUAUGCUGAUAAUCCAGGAUAUUGGCUAUUCCACUGUCACAUCGAGUUCCACGUGGAAAUCGGUAUGGCUGUGAUAUUCAAAGUCGGUGAGCACAAAGAGAUGAAGCCAGUGCCUGUGGACUUUCCACAGUGUGGCAAUUGGAAACCAACGGGUUCUCCUGAGAUUGUUGCCAAACCAACGACAUCUCCCCCCAGUAGUGAUGUAUGCAACGAAGUACUGGCACCCGCCAAACUAAACAUAAAUUUAAAGGACCUAGGAUAUUUAUCGUCCUCAUCGAAUCCCCCCCCAUUUGCGCUUCUUCGGGAAAUCGUUGUGGUUAUUGCUAUCGUAGUUAUGACAGUAUUUUAGGAUUACGUAGUCCCAAUAAUUCAGAGUGAUAUUUUUAUAUUUUCUUACAUUAUUAUUGUAGUAGUAUGUUAAUUGUAAAUUACAAAUACAAGUAUAAAAUGUCGCAUUUAA